GAGGAGGAGGAGAAGGAGGCGGAGGAGGACGAGGAGGACGAGGAGGAAGAGGAGAAGGAGGAGGAGGAGAAGGAGGAGGAGGAGGAGAAGGAGGCGGAGGGGGAGGAGGAGGAGGAGGAGCGGAAGGAAGAGGGAGGAUCAGGCACGAAGCAGCGUCCGCUCGGCUCCACCCCCGGGGAAGGCGCGCAGCGUCCUCCCCCUUCCUCCCUCCUCCCUCUCCUUAUCUCCCUCCUCCUCCUCCCUCCUCCCGCAGCCGGGAUGCCGCGGCCGCCGGCGCUGCUGGCGCUGCUGGCGCUGGCCCUGGCGUGUGAGGCCGUGAAGGAAGACGUGAAGACGUCACAGGGCCCGGAGCAGCGGAGCAGCCGCCUCGGGAAGCCCCGCCUGGAGCUCCGGGACGUCGUGUUCGUCAUCCAGAGUCAGCCCCAGCCUUUCCACGCGCGGAGAGCGGAGCAGCUGAGGGCGGACAUCGAGCAGCAGGCGGGGGCCGGGGCUCCCCCCCGCGUCCUCCUCCUGCACCAGGUGUCCUCGCUGGACGGCGCCUGGACCAUCCUGCCCGUGCUCCCGCGCCUCGCGGCGGCCCACGGGGACGCGUCGUGGAUCUUCUUCUGCGAGGAGGACACGAGGCUGCGGCUCCCGCGGCUGCUGCGCAUGCUCCAGGGCUUCGACCCCGCCCAGGCCUGGUUCCUGGGCAGGGCCCUGCGGGACGAGGACUCCACCAUCAUCCACCACUACGCCUUCGCCGAGGACCCCGCGGCCUUCGCCUACCCCGACUUCGCCGCCGGCUGGGCGCUCAGCCUGCCGCUGGCCCGGAGGCUCACGGCGAGGCUGAAGCAGGAGCCGCUCAAGUCGGACUUCACCAUCGACCUGAAGCACGAGAUCGCCCUGUACAUCUGGGGGGGCCGGGGCCCGGCCCUCACCCACGUGCCCGAGCUCUGCGCCCAGGACGAGGGCCCCCACUGCGCGAGCACCGCCCACACGCGCCUGCCGCUCUGCGGCUCCCCGGUGGAGAAGGAGGAGGUUUUCGUCGCCGUGAAGACGUGCAAGAAGUUCCACGCCGACAGGAUCCCCGUGGUGAAGAAGACCUGGGCAGCCCAGGCUAGCCUCAUCGAGUACUACAGCGACGUGGCCGAGGCCCCCAUCCCCACCGUGGACCUGGGGGUCCCCAACACGGACCGAGGCCACUGCGCCAAGACCUUCGCCAUCCUGCAGAGGUUCCUCAACCGCACGCGGCCCGCCGUGGCCUGGCUGCUGGUGGCCGACGACGACACGCUCAUCAGCGUGUCCCGGCUCCGGCGCCUGCUGAGCUGCUACGACCCCGCGGAGCCCGUGGUCCUGGGCGAGCGCUACGGCUACGGGCUGGGCGCGGGCGGCUACAGCUACGUCACCGGAGGGGGCGGCAUGGUGUUCAGCCGCGAGGCCGUGCACAGGCUCCUGGCCAGCGGCUGCCGCUGCCACAGCCCCGACGCCCCCGACGACAUGGUCCUGGGCCUGUGCUUCAGCGGCCUCGGCGUCGCCGUGACCCACAGCCCGCUCUUCCACCAGGCCCGGCCCCUCGACUACCCCCGCGGCCUCCUGGCCCGGCAGACGCCCGUGUCCUUCCACAAGCACCGGGACCUGGACCCCGUCCGCGCCUUCCGCGCGUGGCUGCUCGACCCGGGGGAGGACGGGGAGGGGGAGGACGGGGAGGGGGAGGGCGGCGGGGGCGCCCCAGGGACGAGCUGUAGGGGGCGGGGGUGGGGGACCCCAAUAAACCCUCGUUUCACCGACAAGGCAGCUGAAUCCCCCUCCCCGGAGGUCGCGGGGUGGGCGGGUCCUCCCGCCCAUCAGGGAAAGUGCAUCGGGGCGGGCGGCCAGGCGAGUGCUCCCGUGUGCCAGCGGAGUCCUCUUUUCUCCUCUCCCUCACCCUCCCCGGCCUCCGGGUCCAGGCCGUUCUCCACUGUAAACCUCCAGCCACCUCGCUUCGAGGACGCGCCGGUUCGGGACCAGGCUGGGCCCUGA